CAAGCUCUAGCCAGAAAGAAUGAUUCAACCAGUCGGAAGAAAGACCGUAUCUCUGUUGGUUCAGCAUCGCACCAGUGCUUCGAAACGAGCACUUCUGCCAGCCGGCCGUUGUGUCGUAGUUCGAGGCUACCAGGGUGAAGCUGGCGAAGGUCGUCCCACUCUUUCCGCACAGGAAGAAGCAUUGCUCAAAAUUGCCCGGCCCAAGUCGGAAGAAAUCUUUGCCAAGCACGUGGAGAUGCCGAAAUUGGACCAGAUUCCUCGCGCCAACUUGGGGCCGGAGCAAGCGAUCGACGCGGCCGACGAAGCGAAAUUGAACCUCGAUAUCCGCCGCAAACGACUGAUUUAUCGUUCGAAACAGCGAGGAUGGUUGGAAGUAGACUUGCUGCUUGGCACGUACGCCAGUGAACACGUUCACACCUUUGCGCACGACGAAUUGAAUCAGUUCGAAGCCUUUGUAAAUCUCGAAACAAUCGACAUUUACAAUAUUAUUACUCUGCGAUUGGAUAUACCGGAGCACAUGAAAACACCUACCCAGGACAGCGUGAUUGAACGCAUUCAGAAGUGGGCCCGCGGCAGUCCUUUGGGCAAGGCUGAUCCGGAAAAGUACAGGGCCGUCAAAUCCAGUGCCAAACUAAUUUAAGUCUUCUUGCAUAGUGUA